GCUGUCCAGGCUCAGACCAGAAUUUCACAUUUUCUGGGUGGAUCCGGCUUCUAGUUAAAAAAACAAACAAACAAACAAAAAACAUGGUCUUACACUACUGGGGUUAGGGCAACCUUGAAACUCUAGCGAUCACAACAGAUUACAACUGUGUUCACUUAAAUGUGAUACUGCCUUACAAGGAAACUUUUUUUUUUCAUGUGACUUCAAGAUACACAUUUAAGGGACCAUGUAUAACGAACAAGAAGAAAAGAGGUAAAGAAAUGCAAGGCAAAGUUUCAUGUCAAUAGCUUUUCUCACAUCAAGCAGGUAUCCUGGGUUCAGGCCAGUGAGCAACUUGAAGGGAAUGAUUGAGACCUUGAACUUGACUUUUAUGUUCUUUAAGCCCAUGUAACAAGCAAAGCACAGAUCAGAUGUGUUCACGGUAGCCUGUGUUGCUUAGGAGACAAGCUGCAGUGGUCUGUACUAGUUGGAGUAUCCUAAGGGCUGAGGGCUUCAUGCCCAGGUAUAUCGCAGUGGUGUAGUCCUGAUGAAAGUGAGAAAAAUGUGAAUAACUGAGGCUAGGUCAUCAUUCAUGAGGAAGAGAUGGACUCUCAUUCCCAAAUGGAGAAGGUAGAAAGCAUUACUCAUGGAUGCAGCUAUGUGAGAGCUUAGCAUCAGUGAGGAAUCAAGGCAGCACUCCCAUACCAUGGACUGGACUUAAACUUUUCAAAAUGCUUUCCUCUGCCCAGCUGCAUCACCUCUGUCUUGCUCAGGAUCAGCGUCACCCAGCUGCUGUUCAACUGAGUGGUGUGGUCAUAUAUAGUGAAGAAUAGGUAGAGCUGCUACCACUUGAGUCCAUGCCAUCUGACCAAUUCACUCAGUGGCUGCAUGUAGAUGUUGAAUGGAACUAGAGAGAUAAUUGAUCCUUGUGGAACUCUACAAGUGAGAAGUUUAGUGCAGAGGUGCAGUUUCUCAUCACUACUUAUUGGGUGUGUCCCUCCAGGAAGGAUUCAGACCAUUUCAGCACAUUACCCUGCUACCUCCCUCAGAUGAGACAAUAGUAUUGUAUGGUCAACAGUGUUAAAUACUACAGAGAGGUACAGAAGAAUGACAAUGGAUGUCUGCCUUCUAUCCACUGAUAGGAAGAGAUCAUCCAUCAGUGCCACUAAAGUGGUUUCAGUUCCAUGUUUUGGUGUGAAUCCGGAUGGUGCCAGGUCUAGGAUAUUAGCUCCAUUAAGAUGAGCCUAAAGUUGGCCUUCGGCUAGUUUCCUUAUGAGCUUGGAGUUUUGUACCUAUGGGUUUGUCAACACAAAUGUUGAAGUCUCCCAGGAUGACAAGUCUGGAGUAUUCCACCACCAUCACCAACAAGGCUAAAGAAGAAAGAAUAGUUGUGCUGGAAACAGAAAAUGCUCUUCUUCAUCUGAAACUUGCAGAGUGUCGAGGGUUGAUUGGAAGAGACACUACUGAAGUGGCACAGCUUAGCUUUGUUCAUGACAAGCAACAGAACUUGUGUAGAGGCAUGAGCUCCGUUAUAAUCCAGGUUUAUGGAGCAAUACAGAGGCUUAAGCAAGACCUGAAGAAUCUCCAUUCGUUUGCUCUUGAGCUUUCAAGAGACUUUCAACAUCAAUGCAAGAAUUCUCUUUACCAAGUUUUGACUGCUGUCCAAAGGAUCCAGCUGCAGAAUGAAGCUAUGCACACGUUCCAGACAAAAGCAUUUGAUCUCGAGCAGUCUUUACAGGAAGUUAAUGAGAGAUACCAGCAAGAAAAACAAAAGAGAAAAAUACUUCACAACAGUUUAGUUGAACUGAGGGGAAAUAUCAGAGUGCACUGCAGGAUCCGUCCCUUAUUGCCUUUUGAUACUGCUUCUGGACAUUCAGUCUCACAAGAUAGGCACAGAAAGCUUUCAGAAGAAGUGGCACAUGCUACUGAUGAUGAAACUGUCCUUGUAAAAUGCAAUCGUCCUGGUCAUACUUUGAUCAACAAGACAUUUCAGUUUGACAGAGUUUACAGUGCUGCUGAGUCUCAAGACACAGUGUUUGCAGAUGUGCUCCCUUUGCUUACAUCUCUGCUAGAUGGAUACAAUGUGUGUAUUAUGGCUUAUGGACAAACAGGGAGUGGGAAGACGUACACAAUGUUGGGACCGCAAUCUGAGGAUGAUGUCACUCUUUCAAUAGAAGAUGAACCAGAGCUGGGAAUUAUUCCUAAAGCCACAGAAGAAGUCUUCAGGAUUAUUUCAGAAAAGCCACCAGGAAGUCAUUGGGUUGAGGUUUCUGUUGUAGAAGUGUAUAAUAAUGAAAUUUUUGAUCUUCUGGCCAAAGACAGCUGUGGAAGAGUGUUCGGCGUUAAACGUGACGUUGUCACAACCAAGGAAGGCAAGAGCGAUGUGCCAUUGCUUACCUAUGAGACUGUUGAAAAUGCUGUAGAAUUCUUACAGCUAGUUGAUAAAGGUCUGCAGCUAAGGGCCCAACAUCCAACACUGGUGCAUGCUCAUUCCUCUCGCUCUCAUCUGGUAGUGACAUUGACCAUAACCACGAAGGCUGUCUCUGCAGAUAGCUUUGCUCCUCUAUGGACAGAUGAACAGUCUAGUCCAAGGCUAAGUAAAGAGCUUUUCUGCACCUUUCCUCAACAAAUGAAAGAUGAUAAACUCAUCUUUCCUUCCAGAGCCUCUUCUCCAGCACAGUUUGAAUCUACUGAGAAACUGAAGCACAUCAAAACUAAACUACAGCUGGUGGAUUUGGCGGGCAGUGAAUGUGUUGGUAUGUCUGGAGUGACAGGAGUAGCCCUGCGAGAGACCUCGUUCAUUAACCGUAGCUUAUCAGCUCUGUCAGAUGUGCUUGGAGCAAUAGCAGAGCAGCGCUCUCACAUUCCGUACAGAAACAGCAAACUUACCCACCUACUCCAGGACUCCAUAGGGGGCAACGCUAAAUUGCUGGUGAUGCUGUGCAUCUCCCCCUGCCAGAAGUACUUAGCGGAAUCGCUGCAGUCCUUGGGAUUCGGAACUCGUGCUCGGCAAGUCCAGAGAGGACAAGUCAAGAAAAGAAAUCUGCCGGUGUCUAGCAAAUCAAAAUAAAAGCUAAGGCUUCUGUG